ACUUGGCGAGUCCGUUGGCUAGAUACCCGGGCGCGACCGAGCGAGGAAGCAGAGCAAAGGACCUGGCUCAGAAUACUACCGCUCGGGUUGUUAGUCGGGUGCGAGACAGACGGAGAAGAAUCAGCUGGGGGGAUAGAUGACCAGCGGCGGCCUGAUGAACGGCGGGGGCAGCAGCGUGAGCGCGGCCAAGAUCAGCCUGCGGCUGCAGUACUACGUGCUGCUGGCCGCGGUCGCCGCCGUGCUCGUCGUCGCCUGCCUCAAGUACAUGCCGGCGGCGGCGGCCGUGGCGGCGGUCGGCGGCUACGGGACGGCCUUCGUCGGCGCCGGGCAAGUCGCCGUUGCCGGCCGUGCAGCCGGGGAUGCCUGCAGCGACGACAGAACUGCCGCCCGGUCUCCGGUGGUGAUCUUCAACUUCGGGGACUCCAACUCCGACACGGGCGGCAUGGCGGCCGCCAAAGGCCUCAACAUUAACCUCCCGGAGGGCCGCACCUACUUCCGCCGCCCCACCGGACGGCUCUCGGACGGUCGCCUCGUCAUCGACUUCAUCUGUGAGAGCCUGAACACGCCUCAUCUGAGCCCGUAUCUAAAGGCGCUGGGCUCGGACUUCAGAAACGGCGUCAACUUUGCCAUCGGCGGAUCGACGGCGACGCCCGGAGGAUCCCCCUUCUCGCUGGACGUGCAGCUGCAUCAGUUUCUCUACUUCAGAACCAGAUCUUUCGAGCUCCUCCACAAAGGCGAGCGGACCCCGAUUGACCAUGAAGGAUUCAGGAACGCCAUCUACGCCAUAGACAUUGGGCACAAUGACCUGUCUGCCUAUCUCCACCUUCCCUACGACCAAGUGCUCGCCAAGAUCCCAUCUAUAAUUGCUCCCAUCAAGUUCUCUAUUGAGACUCUGUACGCGCACGGCGCGAGGAAGUUCUGGAUCCACGGGACGGGGGCGCUGGGCUGCCUGCCGCAGAAGCUGUCCAUCCCGAGGGACGACGACAGCGACCUCGACGCCAACGGCUGCCUCACCACCUACAACGCCGUCGCCAAGGCCUUCAACGGGAAGCUCUCCGAGUCCUGCGGCCUGCUCCGGAACCGCAUGGCCGACGCCACCAUCGUCUUCACCGACUUGUUCGCCAUCAAGUACGACCUCGUCGCCAACCACACACGCUACGGGAUUGAGAAGCCCCUGAUGGCGUGCUGCGGGAACGGCGGCCCGCCAUACAACUACAACCACUUCAAGAUGUGCAUGUCGGGGGAGAUGCAGCUGUGCGACAUCGACGCCCGGUUCAUCAACUGGGACGGCGUCCACCUCACCGAGGUCGCCAACUCCAUCAUCGCCUCCAAGCUGCUCACCGGCGACUACUCCAAGCCCAGGAUCAGGAUCGCCAGCCUUGUCAACUCCACCAAACCUCAUCACGAUGGCUAGCCCUCCUUAAUUCAGUUCAUUGCUUGCUUCCAUGGCACAUGUGUACUCCACUGAGUUGGUUUAAUUCUUCUGGCUAGCUAGCAGAGGCGGUGAGAAAGAGUGACCAAGCUGGCAAUUAACCUGCAGCAAUCAGUCAGCUACUAGCUUAUCAUUUUCUCAAAUCUGAAAGGUGCACGGGCCGGAGGAAUAGGUAGAGAGUUGACGGACAAAGGGACAUGGCUGGUGUUGUGUGGGGGGCUUUGAAGGUGAGGCGUUUACACCUUACAUACAUUAAACAUGUGACGUGUGUAGUUCUUUACAAAAUUGACCAAGAAAUGGAGUGCGCAUCAUUGUUCUUGUAAUUAUUUCUUGGACAAAGAACGCACAGCCGGCAGACGUACAGACGGAGAUGAGGCUGGGCUGGGAAAAAAAGCUCGAGGCUGGUGAGCUGCUCGGGAUCGACUCGUAUUUUCGCUCGAUUCGAGAUCGACUCGAAACUAAAUGAGCUGCAGAGCUCGGUUGAAAAACGGAUUGAGUCUGAGCCAAAACUCUCGAAUUUGACUCAUCAUAGCUCGAAUUAACACAAUAAGUAUGUUAAUUUUGUAGUAGAGUGAAAAAAAAUACAAUAUCCUUUUUUGGAAUGAAAUGGAUCCGUUGAGUCC